AUGUCCCAUCUCUUCCCACCAUCAUCACCAGUUGCUGGUAAACCUUUGGAAAGCCCACAAAAAGAACCUGGUAAGCUUGCUAAUACUUCUGUAUUGACCUUAGGAAGAAAACGGUAUAAUUACGAAUUGGAAGAGUAUCCUACUCCAGACCCGUCGUCUAGCAUCGGAAGACAAUCUUCACCAGUGAAAGAUAUCACUUCACGUUUAAAUGAGACCAAAUCUGCCUUGUCAUCUCCUUCAAAGCAAGAAAAGGUGCUUGCAGGCCCUAUCGAGAUUGAAUUAGAUGCAUCGGAUCCCUCACGUUUAGCCAUCGGUAGGAAAAAAUCAGUCUGCAACAUUAUUUUGCCAUGCAGAAAGAAUAUCUCUAGGCAGCACGCUUUUAUUUCAUACGCCGCCGACAGAAAUGAAAUAAAAUUGGAAUGUAAUGGAACUAAUGGGUUGUCCGUUCACUUGCCUUACUCCAUGCAGUUGCAUUUGGUAAAACCCUUCCCAACAAGGAACUUUUAUAAACUAGUGGCAGAAGAGCCUUUGACCUCGCAAAAUACUAAACAAUCGCAUGGAAAAACUCUUCAAAAGAACCAAAACUUCAUCAGCUUUGUUUUGGCUAAAGGUGAAACUGUUACUUUCCCCUAUAUCCAAGGAAGUUUCAUAAAUUUUACAGGCGUCACAGUCUGUCUUUCAUUGAAAAAAGUAGCACCUUAUCCUGGCGAUGGCAACAAUAACUUUGACGAAGAGAACUCGACAGAAACGGAGGAUGAGUUGUGUUUAUUAACAACAACGAGCGAUGAUUUUUCUUGGCAAAAAGAAACACCUUCGAUGAAAUUUGUCCCAGUUGAGCAUUCACCUCGUACAGAACAGAUCUCAAAACCAUUACUUAUUGCAUCUCCUGCUCUUGUGAAAAACUCCCCCAUUAGUUAUAGAACAACACCCCAAACAUCUUUCGUUAUUAAUCAGCCAUCAACUCCAAAGAAACUGAAGCGUAAAUCAAUUUCAUUGAAAAAUAACACUAUACAAGAGACACCACUUCCUAAAGAUAAAAUAAUUGGGACAUUAAGUGCCAGUACUAGGAGUGGUGGCAUUAAUGAAGAAGAAUCUUUCGCAGCAGUUGCAAAAAAAACUAAAGAGCUGUCUUCUACAACCGCGAUUGUAUCUCCUGCACAAAAACGUCUUAAGACUUCAUUGAAUAUUAUUCCCGAAAUUUCUCGGUCGCUCUCAGAAAGAGGAAUUCGGUUUGAUGACCUAGUUCAUGUGCUAUGUAAUCAUCUUGCAUUUUCUAACCUUCAACAAACGCCUUUAUCCCAAUUGCAAAACAUCAAUUCCAACACUUCACAAUUAAGCAAAGAUGAACUAAAAAAGGUCUUGGAGACUAUUUCUUGCAUUGGUAUUAUUGUGCGUGAAGGAAAAGAUGCGUCUGGCAAGCCAUUAGAAGACGAGUAUUACUAUGAUGUUGAAAACGAUGAUAGCGACGAGAGAAAGAUUUUGUAUAAUUCGUUAAAAGGCAGGAGCCGAUUAAGGUCGUGCAGGAAGAAACAUAAACAGUAUUUCUGGAAGAGGCCGACCAAAUAA